CUAGUUUCGCUUCUCCUCAGAGCGGCGGAGAAACGAACACGUAGAGAGACCGCCGCUCAGCUACGCAGCACCGUGUGGGCGUCGUGUCAAACGCUCGAUGAGUCAUGCCAACGCGGAAAGGAGAAACAAAGAAAGACGUUUGAGUUUCAAAGGAGGACCUUUUCUUUAUUUCUUUCUUUCUUUCUUUCUUUCCUGUCUAAAACAAAACCGACACAAAUUAAUCAAAUGUCUCACUUUAGAAAGAGAGAUUGGAAACCAGAUCAUGUCAUCAUGCAGGAGAAUCCACACAUUUUACAUACCCACGAAGCUAUGGUGGAUCUGAUAAAUGGACGAGCCACUAAACACACCUUUAUGGAAGCCUUUAACUAUGGCCUGUUGGGUCUUGAUUUUGUCAACCCCUUCAUGAAUGACUUUAUUGACGAUGAAUACGACGACGACGACAACGACUAUUAUGAUGACAAAAAACACAAAGAUAAAAAAGCCUAUUGUGGUUUCACACACAAUUUUUUAGGGCAUGGUAUCUCAAAGCUACCCUUAACCCCCCACCCAUGUAUAAGACAACUCACUCCUGAGGAGGCUGAAAAAAACGCCAGGGAACUUAUAGAAGAAGAGAACAAACUGAAAGUAAAAGCAGAAAAGAAAAGACUUAAAAAGAAGCGACAGAAGGAGAGGAAACGUGCAGGGAAAGACAAGGAGCCUGAGAAUCACGGGCCAGGGAGGUCAGGCCGCUCAGAGAAUCAGGGAGGAGAUUUAAACAUUGAGAGAGAGCAGCAGCAGCAGCAGCAGCAGGAGGAGCAGCAGCAGGAGGAGCAGGAGGAGGAGGAGCAGGAGGAGGUUACAGAGGUGCGCCUUGGUCCGGGACCUGGUGGUACUACAGCCCGCAGCAGGCAGCAGGAGGUGCAGGAUUCUCCUUUGGAGGAGACCUGUGGUAGCAGUAACGGAGACCAGGAGGACGUGAGAGACGAGGGAUUAGCCACGGAGACAGAAGAGUUGGAUAUGAGAAGCUGCUUCGUCUCUACGGCUGCUUGUAUUGCUAAACGACAACUAGAGCAGAACCCCAAACCAGAGAAGAAAAUUAUUAUCCAACAGCCUCAGGAGCCAGUGGUGAAACAACAACAGCAGGAAGAGGAACAGCAGGAAGAGGAACAGCAGCAGGAAGAGGCUAUAGUCAGGAAAAAGGAGAAAAAGGUGGAGGCCAAUGUUGACGAUAUUCUUAAAAGAAGCACAGAGCUCGCCCUCAUAGGAAACCAGUUUGCAGCCUGUGGCCAGUUUGAUAUGGCAGUCAAGUAUUUCACUGACGCUAUUAAACACAAUCCCACAGAAUUUAAGCUGUUUGGGAACCGGUCCUUUUGUUACGAGAAGAUGCAGCAGUAUGAUCGGGCGUUGUGUGACGCCGAGCUGGCGCUCUCCAUGGAGCCUGGUUGGAUUAAAGGACUAUACAGGAAGGGGAAAGCUCUGUCUGGACUCAAGAGGUACUUUGAGGCAUGCCAGACCUAUAAGGAGGUAUUGAAGCAGGACAGUUUGUGUUCAGAUGCUGCUCAGGAGUUGAUGAAAGUUCAGAUCAUGCAGCUGAUGGAAAUGGGAUUUACUCGUGAGCAGAGCUCUAAUGCGCUGAUUGCCCAUGGAGACUUUGAGAAGACGCUUAAUGUCCUGUCUGGUAUUGAAGAUGAAUAUGGUAGUAAUGACCUUCCUGCGGCUGCUACCUCAGCGGAGGACAGUGCGACGUGGGAGGGAGUGGGCCCCAGACCUAAACCUCUACUCCAAACCAGACCUAAACCCAGAUCCACUACCCCAGGCCCUAAACCCAGAUCCCCUAUCCCAGGCCCUGUACACCAUGAUGCACCAGGAGGGAGUACAAGCAAUCUCUUUCCUGUAUAUGUUGGCUGCUUGGGGCCCAACACAACACAACCAAUGCUACACAGCCUCUUCAGCAGUGCUGGGACUAUCCACAGUAUCAAGAUCUUACGCUCUUCCAACUGUGCAUUUAUCAACUACACCAACAUGGACCACUGUGAGAGAGCCAUCAGGACUCUACAUGGUGAGGUGUUGAACGGAGUGAUGCUGGCUGUCCGGCACCCUGACAGAGUGAUGCAGAAGAAACUGGGCUUGUCCCAAUUAGCUUUCACCCUCACCAACGCACCAGAGAAGAGUCAGGAGUGUUACUUCUGGAGAACCACAGGCUGUGUUCGAUACAAUACCUGCAUCUUCAGACAUGUGCCACAACACAAGGGCAUCGACAGGGACAAGGUCAACAAGUGAACAACAGACACACCAAUAACCUGGUCCUGGAAACUGGAGCAAUUAGUUUCCCCCCCCCAGCUUACUUUUCAAAUAUGCUUUAAAAAAGAAAAUAAAAAGUGAUAUAUAUAUAUAGACUUAAAAUCGAUAAGUUAUAAUUGACUCAACAACCAAUAAACAAAUGUAGCUUUCUUAAUCAACUAGAAAAUGAAGU